CCGCCACGUCGUCCGGCGGCUGCGUACGCGGCGGUGGGCGGGGCGCCGCGGCGCGGCCGGGCUGGCGGGUCGGGAAGAUGGCGGCCGGUAUCCGGGAGAAGCAGACAGUGGCUUUGAAACGUAUGCUGAACUUCAAUGUUCCUCCUGUUAAAAACAGCACAGGAGAACCAGUAUGGAAGGUUCUCAUUUAUGACAGAUUUGGACAAGAUAUAAUCUCACCUUUGCUGUCAGUGAAAGAGCUGAGAGAUAUGGGGAUCACUUUGCAUCUGCUUUUGCAUUCAGAUCGGGAUGCUAUUCCAGAUGUUCCAGCUGUUUACUUUGUAAUGCCAACAGAAGAAAAUAUUGACAGAAUGUGCCAGGAUCUUCGAAACCAGCUUUAUGAAUCUUAUUAUUUAAACUUUAUUUCUGCCAUUUCAAGAAGUAAACUGGAAGAUAUUGCAAAUGCUGCCAUAGGUGCUAAUGCAGUAACUCAAGUGGCUAAGGUGUUCGAUCAAUAUCUUAAUUUUAUUACUUUAGAAGAUGACAUGUUCGUAUUGUGUAACCAAAACAAAGAACUUGUUUCGUAUCGUGCCAUUAACCGACCAGAUAUAACGGACACAGAAAUGGAAACUAUAAUGGAUACUAUUGUUGAUAGUCUCUUCUGUUUUUUUGUUACACUUGGAGCUAUUCCUAUAAUCAGAUGCUCAAGAGGAACUGCAGCUGAAAUGGUCGCAGUGAAAUUGGAUAAGAAGCUCAGAGAGAAUCUAAGAGAUGCCAGAAACAGUCUUUUUACAGGUGACACACUUGGAGCUGGCCAGUUCAGCUUCCAAAGGCCCCUAUUAGUCCUUGUUGACAGAAACAUAGAUUUAGCAACUCCUCUACAUCAUACUUGGACAUACCAAGCUUUAGUGCAUGAUGUUCUGGAUUUCCAUUUGAAUAGAGUUAACUUGGAAGAAUCACCAGGAAUGGAAAGUUCUCCAGCAGGUGCUAGACCUAAGAAAAAAAAUAAGAAGUCCUAUGAUUUAACUGCAUCUGAUAAAUUCUGGCAAAAGCAUAAGGGCAGUCCUUUUCCAGAGGUAGCUGAGUCUGUUCAGCAAGAACUGGAAUCCUACAGAGCCCAAGAAGAUGAAGUCAAAAGACUUAAAAGUAUCAUGGGUAUAGAAGGUGAGGAUGAAGGAGCAAUAAGUAUGCUUUCUGAUAAUACAGCUAAGCUAACAUCAGCUGUCAGCUCUCUUCCAGAACUUCUGGAAAAGAAGAGGCUCAUUGAUCUUCAUACAAAUGUUGCAACAGCUGUUUUGGAGCAUAUAAAGAGUCGAAAGCUGGAUGUGUAUUUUGAAUAUGAGGAAAAAAUAAUGAGCAAAUCCACUCUGGAUAAAUCGCUUCUGGACAUGAUUUCUGACCCAGAUGCGGGAACUCCAGAAGACAAAAUGCGAUUAUUUCUUAUCUAUUACAUAAGCUCCGCUCAGGCACCUUCAGAGAUUGAUUUGGAGCAGUAUAAAAAAGCGUUGACGGAUGCAGGUUGUAAUCUUGCUCCUUUGAGCUACAUAAAACAGUGGAAGGCUUUCACUAAGAUGGCUUCAGCUCCAACCAGCUAUGGAAACACUACGCCUAAACCUUUGGGUCUGUUUUCACGUGUGAUGAAUACAGGAUCACAGUUUGUAAUGGAAGGAGUGAAGAACUUGGUACUGAAGCAACAAAAUCUACCAGUCACACGUAUAUUGGACAACCUUAUGGAGAUGAAGUCAAACCCCGAGACAGAUGACUACCGGUAUUUUGACCCCAAGAUGCUACGAGGCAGUGACAGCUCAGUUCCAAGAAACAAAAAUCCAUUCCAGGAGGCAAUAGUGUUUGUAGUUGGAGGAGGCAACUACAUUGAAUAUCAAAAUCUUAUUGACUACAUAAAGGGUAAACAAGGCAAACAUGUCCUGUAUGGCUGCAGUGAACUUUUUAAUGCUACACAGUUUAUAAAACAGCUGUCCCAACUUGGCCAGAAAUAAGACUGAAACACCAUUACCUGGAUGGCAACAUGACAACAGAGAAUUGUUACAAUAUUCGGAUAUCUUCAUAUCUAUAAUUUUGUCAUUAUAUUAAAACUUAAACCCAUUUCAUUAAUAUUAUAACCUUUAAAAAAAGAUCUGUAAUUAAUAGGGUGUAUAUCAACAUUUCGGAAAUAAACCUUAAAACCUGCUA